AUGGCUGAUCAGAUAUCUGGAAUUACUAACGAUUUGACAUGUGUUGAAUGGAUGUGGCAAUCCAACCCAUAUCCAUUUAUUCAGCAUCAGGAGCCUGAAUGGAGUUAUUAUUCGGAUGUGGAAAACUUAAUUAUCGAAGAAGCAUUUUUGGCUAACAAGCCUCAAGCCAUGCUAGACGAUUACUAUAUUGAUUUAAAGCACAACAUACAAGUUUCUAACAAAGAUAACACUAAACAAAGACCCGUCCAACGUGUGAUGGGAAAAAGAGUUAACAAAGCUUCACGAGGAGAACGCUUUAUGCCGGAUCCCAUUGCUCCAAAACGUCCUUUUGGUAGUGAGUAUGGUUGGGUCUCGCCUUUCAUACUAGAGACGAGGAAGCAUCUGAAACUCAAAGAACAACAAUUGCCAUCAAAAGACGAAACAACCAUUCCGAUGAUUGUUGAGAGAGCUGCCCUUGGUAUCAUUGAAGAAGGUAAGAAACUAGGAAAACAACGUAAAGCCGAGUAUAUGGCCAAGAAGUUAAUGGAUGUGAAAGAAAAAGGAGUGAAAGAAGUAUGGAAGUGUUGUGCGCAUCUUUACUCGCUCAAUGAAUUCCUAUUCAAAAAACUAAAUGAAAUUAUGAGAAUGAUAGGAAGUCAGGAGCAUGAGGACGUCCGGCGAAGUAAAAUUGAUACGUUAGGACCCUUUUAUCUACGUCUGUGGGACGAUCUUUUCAACAUCAAGCCAAAUAUUACCAAGCAAUUACUCUAUCGAGGAUGA